GCGAGCGGGCGGGGCGAAUCUGUUGUCUGAGGAUCUUCCCUGCGCUCUGCAAACGCGCCCCAUGAGGCUGCUCUUGAAAAAUGGCUGCAGAAACUGCAAGGGAGGCAGGGGUGUGGAGACAAACCAAAGCUCUUUUAUUCAAGAACUACCUUGUUAAAUGCAGGACUAAGAAGAGUAGUGUGCAGGAAAUCCUUUUUCCACUAUUGUUUCUAUUUUGGCUUAUAUUAAUGAGCAUGAUGCAUCCAAAUAGGAAGUUUGAUGAGGUGCCCAACACUGAUCUUGGUACUUUAGAUCGCUCCACGCUCUUGGACUUCAUUCUUGGAUACACACCAGUGACAAACAUGACAAGAAAAAUCAUGCAGAAAGUGUCUUUUGAAUACUUUGAAGAUGCUGUAAUUACAGAAGAAUUUUUCAGUGAAAAAGAAUUGCAAGAGGCUAGUACUGUUAAUCCCUCAAACUUUGUUGGUGUCGUUUUCAAAGAUUCGAUGUCCUACCAGCUUAGAUUCUUUCCUGUUGCUGUUGCGGUGUCUUCUAUCAAUGUAGAAUCAAGAGCCAGUUGUUCCAGUUUCUCAAAGGGAUGUGAGUCUGUUACAUACUGGCGCUCAGGAUUUGCAGCUCUACAAGCUUGUAUUGAUGCAGCAAUAAUACAGCUGAAGACUAAUCAUUCAGUUUGGGAAGAACUGGAAUCGACUAAAGCUGUUAUUAUGGGAGAGGCUGCUGCUAAGAAAAUCAGUUAUUUUCCUCGAGCAGUUAUUUUAAUUUACCUGGUAAUAGCUUUCUCACCCUUUGGGUACUAUUUGGCAAUUCAUAUUGUGGCAGAAAAGGAGAAGAAGUUGAAGGACUUUUUAAAGAUAAUGGGGCUUCAUGACACCGCCUUUUGGCUGUCUUGGGUUCUACUCUACACAACUCUGAUUUUUGUCAUGUCCAUUCUCAUGGCAGUCAUUGCAACAGCCUCAUCACUAUUUCCCCAAAGUAGCUCCUUUGUGAUAUUUCUUCUUUUUUUCCUGUAUGGAAUAUCCUCAAUUUUCUUUGCUUUCAUGCUGACUCCUCUAUUUAAAAAAUCAAAGCAUGUGGGUAUAGUUGAAUUUUUGGCAACACUGGCUUUUGGUUUUGUGAGUCUCGCUGUUGUCCUGUUGGAUGAUUUUCCGAAGUCUUUUGUAUGGAUUCUAAGCCCCUCGUGUCAGUGUACGUUCUUGAUUGGGAUUGCACAGGUCAUGUAUCUGGAAGAUUAUGAAGAUGGUGCAAUAUUUUCAAAUUUAAAUCAUGGCUCUUAUCCACUAGUUAUUUCUCUUUUUUUACUGGUUCUGGAUAGCAUGUUUUACCUACUUCUAGCUGUUUAUCUUGAUCAGGUCAUUCCAGGUGAGUUUGGAUUACGACGGACAUCAUUUUUCUUUAUGAAGCCCUCAUUUUGGUCAAAGCGUACAAGAAAUUACAAGGAGUUAUAUGAGAGUAGUGUUAAUGGACUCUUAAGUUUCAGUGAGAUGGUUGAACCUGUAUCUUCAGAAUUUCAGGGAAAAGAAGCUAUCAGAAUCAGCUGUGUUCAUAAAACAUUCAGAAAAAAGGGUGAAACUGUGGAGGCUCUCAGAAGUUUAUCCUUUGACAUAUAUGAGGGUCAGAUUACAGCUUUACUUGGGCAUAGUGGAACAGGCAAGACAACACUGAUGAACAUUCUUUGCGGACUCUGCCCUCCUUCUGAUGGGUUUGCAUCUGUCUAUGGACACAGAAUCUCUGAAAUUGAUGAAAUGCUCGAUGUACGAAAGAUAACGGGGUUUUGUCCACAAUUAGAUAUACAUUUUGAUGUAUUAACUGUGGAAGAGAAUUUAUCAAUAUUUGCUCAUAUUAAAGGGAUACCUCCCAAUGCUCUGAUACAAGAGGUGCAGAAAGUGAUGAAUGAUUUGGAUAUGCAGCCCAUCCGAGAUAACCAAGCUAAAAAAUUAAGUGGAGGGCAGAAGAGAAAGCUGUCGAUAGGAAUUGCUAUUCUUGGGAGCCCAAAGGUUUUACUCUUGGAUGAACCAACUGCUGGUAUGGACCCAUGUUCUCGGCACGUUGUUUGGAAUCUCCUGAAAAACAGACAAGCCAAUCGGGUAACAGUAUUCAGUACUCAUUUCAUGGAUGAGGCAGAUAUUCUUGCUGAUCGAAAAGCUGUGAUUUCUCAAGGGACGCUGAAAUGUGUCGGCUCGUCUCUCUUCCUCAAAACCAAAUGGGGAAUUGGCUACCGCUUGAGCAUGCAUAUAGAUGAGUAUUGCAAUACAGAAGCUACAACAGCCUUGAUCAUACAGCAUAUCCCUGGAGCCAGCUUGGUACAACAGAAUGAACAGCAGCUUGUGUAUACCUUACCUUUUAAAGAUGUGGACAAGUUUUCAGGAUUGUUUUCUGAUCUAGACACUCAUUCACAUUUGGGUGUUAUUACUUACGGAGUUUCCAUGACAACGUUGGAGGAUGUGUUCCUGAAGCUGGAAAUUGAAGCAGAAAUUGAUCAAGCAGAUUAUAGCAUAUUUAAUUCCCAAUCAGCAGGCGAGGAAAUGGAUACAAAAUUGCUUGAUGAGAUGGAGCAAACUCUACUGAUACUCUCUGAGACAAAAUCAUCUGCAGUAAGCAAUAAAGCUCUCUGGAAAGAGCAGGUCUCUACUAUAGCAAAGGUUCACUUCCUUAACUUAAGACGUGAAAAUAAGUCAUUGGGACUUAUGUUGUUGCUUUUUUUAGUGUUUCUUGUCAUUCAGAUUUUAAUGUUUCUUAUACAUCACUACUUUAAAAAUCCUAUGGUUCCCAUCAAGCUUUCCCCAGAUUUGUACUUGCUGAAGCCUGGAGAAAAAUACUACAAGUACAAAACAAGUCUCCUCCUUCAGAACUCCACAGGAUCAAAUAUUGAUGAUCUCAUCAGUGCUCUCAGAAGCCAGCAGAUAUUGACUGAGAUGUUCAAUGACAGUGAUUACAUGUCAACUGCACCCCACAGUGCAGCUUUAAAUGUGUCACUUUCAGAAAAGAGCUACAUCUUUACAGCUGUAUUCAACAGUACUAUGGUGCACGCUCUGCCUAUUUUGAUGAACAUCAUUAGUAACCUGUUUCUCCACAAUUUAAAUGUAACUGAGAAUAUUCAAAUCUGGAGUAACCCAUUCAUUCAAGAAAUUGAUGAUACAGUUUUCAGACUGGAGGAUUUUUUUCAAGUGAUGUUACUAGGAAUCAUUGUAACGGGGGUGCCACCAUAUUUUGCCAUGGAAAAUGCAGAAAACCAUAAGAUCAAAGCUUACACUCAACUUAAGAUCUCAGGUCUUUAUCCAUCUGCUUACUGGAGUGGACAAGCAGUCAUUGACUUUCCUUUAUUUUUCAUUAGUGUUGUUCUGAUGAUAGGAAGCUUAUUUGCAUUUCAUCGUGGUGUUUAUUUUGAUACUUGGAAGUUCCUUGCUAUUAUCUUCUGCCUUAUUGGCUAUGUACCAUCAGUAGUGCUGUUCACUUACGUGCUCUCUUUCACCUUUAAAAAAGUGCAAAAUGCCAAAGAAUUUUGGUCAUUUAUUUUUUCAAUGACUGCUUUGAUCUCUACUGUUGUCACUGAAGUGGCAUUCUUUAUGAGAUAUUUCAUGGUAACCACCAUUUUUCAUUAUGUGUUCUGUGCCUUCAUACCAAUCUAUCCUCUUAUUGGAUGCCUGAUUAGUUUUAUAAAGGUAUCACGGAAACACCUACAAAAGAAUGAAAAAUACCAUGAGCCCUGGGACAAACUCUUGGUACCAGUUAUCGCGCCUUAUUUGCAAUGUGUGGUGUGGCUGUUCCUCCUGCGAUAUCUUGAAGUGAAAAAUGGAGGUAAAUCGAUAAGAGAAGACCCAUUUUUCAGAACUUCUACGAAGAUCAAAACAUGGAAAUUUCGAGAUGAUCCACAUAAUGAGAAUGAGGAUGAAGAUGUAAAGGCAGAGAGAUUGUGGGUCAAAGAAAUGACAACCUGCCAGAGCUGUGAUGAGAAACCAGCAAUUCUGGUCAACAGUCUGCAUAAAGAAUAUGAUGAAAGGAAAGAUUUUCUUCUUGGGAGAAAAAUAAAGAAAGUGGCAACUAAACACGUCUCUUUUUGUGUAAAAAAAGGAGAAAUACUUGGAUUGCUAGGACCAAAUGGAGCUGGGAAAAGCACCCUGAUUAAUAUGCUGGUGGGAGACAUUGAACCAACUGCUGGUCAGGUGCUGAUAGGAGACUGUUCUUUAGGAUUGAAUAGUGACGAUAAUUCUGCUAAAUUUGUGGGAUAUUGUCCUCAAAUAAAUCCACUAUGGCCUGAUAUUACAUUGCAGGAGCAUUUUGAAAUAUAUGGAUCUAUCAAAGGAAUGAGUAAAACUGAUGUGGAAGAAAUCAUAAAACGCAUUGCAAGGGCCCUUGAAUUGAAAACCCAUCUACAGAAAACGACGAAGAAAUUAUCAGUUGGAAUUAAGCGCAAGUUAUGUUUUGCGCUAAGUAUGCUGGGUAAUCCCCAGAUUACAUUGCUAGAUGAACCAUCUACUGGUAUGGAUCCUAAAGCGAAACAGCACAUUUGGAUGGCAAUUCGAGCAGCAUUUAAAAGCAAAGAGAGAGCAGCUAUUCUGACCACUCAUUAUAUGGAAGAGGCUGAAGCUGUGUGUGAUCGAGUUGCAAUCCUGGUGUCUGGACGGUUAAGAUGUAUUGGUUCAGUUCAGCAUCUAAAGAGUAAAUUUGGCAGAGGCUAUUUCUUGGAAAUGAAAUUAAAAGAAACAGCAGACGUACAACAGAUGGAGUUUCUUCGCAGGCAAAUUUUGCACAUCUUCCCAAAUGCAUCUCAUCAGGAAAGUUUUGCCUCCAUUUUGGCAUAUAAAAUUCCUAAGGAAGAUGUACAGUCACUCUCUCAGUCUUUUUUGAAACUGGAAGAAGCAAAACAUGCCUUUAAUAUCGAGGAGUACAGCUUUUCUCAAGCAACUCUGGAACAGGUUUUUGUGGAACUUGCUAAAGAACAAGAGGAAGAUAACAAUUUCGGAACCUUAAACAGCACGCUUUGGUGGGAAAGAAGACAGGAAGAUAGGGUCAUUUUUUGAGUUCUUUAAAUACUGUAGGAGUCAAUAGAUGUACACUGCAGUUCACGUUUGUCUGACUGUUUGUUUGUUUCUUGUAAUGUGUGCUGAGUACUAAGAAAGCAGUUGAGAUUGAGAAAAAUAUCUGACUUGGAAAAACAAAAAUAAUAUUUGGAAACUUUGAGCAUGUUUCCCCUUCCUGGCCUUAUCUGUCGAUAUUAUGCAAGUGUGGGGAGUGCCUUUAUUUGUGAGGACUCUCAUCGCUAGCAUGUAAUUUGUCUGUUUUUUUAAAUUUCUGAUCCACUCACCUAACUCUGUCCUGUUUGGAAGCAAAAUGGUAAAUAACAAUUUAGUUCUUUAUAAUUUCCUGUUUGUUUUGGUCAGUCUGUGCUCUGUGCUUCUAGAAAUUCCAACCUUGAGCUUGUUCAGCUAUUCAAUAUGUAAUGUCAGUAUAUAAUUGAUCAACUCCAGGAUCAAACUUCUGCCUUGCUUAUCUUUCAAGAGGCAGCUUCCAUCAAAGGCAGAGGUCCACAGAACCAGGACAACAGCACUGGAAAAGAGUCACAAAAGCAGAAGUCAGCAAAGAGGAUAUACCAAUGCCAGAAGUCAAUGACUUGUCUGAGUUGGAGUAAACAUGUAGCUAUAAGGUGGAUGUUCAAAGAAGGUCAAUUUUGAGUUUUAACUGCCUGAUAGUGUUCUGCUAAGCUUUAUUGUCACAUCCUGUGCAUAAAAUUCCAUGUAGCAUACAUUGCUCUGCAGACUUAACUGCCUGAUUCCAGGAUUCAUCAUGGAAUAUGAUGCUGGUUAGUUCAGCCUAAAUUGUUUAUAUGAUACCAGAUACCAAUACCUAAAAUUCUGUUAACCUGUAGGCUGUCUUUAAAUUCCCAUUGGAUCCUGCUGAUCAAAAUCCUGAUACUCCUGUUUGGUAUGUACAUUUCAGGUCAGCUCUCCUUAUCCAAAAUAAUCAAUAUAAUACAACAGUGCCUCUAUUAUGGAUCCUACUCCAUCACCAUUCAUCACUAAAUAGGGCCCUAACUUAUAUAAUAAACUUAGCUUGGGAUCCACUCAACAUAAAAGUAUUUACACGUUAGUAUAAUAUGGCACGUGGUUAAUCGUUAUGUACCUUUUUAAUGUAAAUUGGCAGGUGUAACUCUAAUCAAGUUACCUUUGCAGGUUGCAUAAAAAUGUAUCAUGCAUGCACUUGUAAGUUUAAAUGUGGUUUGCAAAGAUGGAUAGGUUCCUUUCAGUCUCUAUUUGAAAAAGCAUGAACACCAAAUGAAUAUAUCUUUAUGGAAUUUGCAUAAAUGUGAGCAUUUCUAAUUGUAUUCUUUGAUAAAACAACCUGUUUUAUUGAACACAUUUUCUAACACAUGUUUAAAAGGCGUUUAUUUAGAUGUGUUCAUUUUUUGUGACAGCAAAUUUACAGGCUUGUGCACCAAUACUCUCUAACAUAUCUUUUUUGCAAUAGUAAUGAGGCAAUACAAUACAUGUCCAGUUCACUGACAGUGCUUUCUUAUUUCUAUCAUGCUCGUUUUCUCUCACCAUAAAUCAAAAAGAGUAAGCUCCAAAUGCAGAUAUUGUCUUGUCGCUAAGAUUACUUUUGUUUGCUUUCUGGCAAAAUUGUUCUUAGAGAAGAAAUAAUAAGAGAGCCCAUGUGUGGUUCUACAUCCUUAGAUCUGAGAGCAAAUAUUUAUCCUGUUUGUGAUUUCAAAGAAAAAUAUUUUUGAUUUAAAAUUGAAAGAAUUGAUUAAUCUAAUUGGCUAUUUAUUCUGAACUUUUUAGAAUCAAAAUUCAGGUUUUUGAACAAUUGAUUGCAUUGUAGAAUGUAAUAAUUGAAAUGCAUUGUGCAAAUACUCUGUAUAUCUGAAGACACAUGACACAUAAGACAUAUCAGUUAUAUAUGUUUACUUUAAGAUUAGAAAGUCUUAUCAUCUUCCUUUCUGAAAUGUUCAAAACUCGGAAAACUAUGCUAUAAAUCAAAGUUUUAUGCUCCCAAACAUUGUGUCCCAUUGGGCAAUAAUUAAUGUAAAAUUGAUUGAUUGCUUAAUUCUGUCUGUGUAGGCUUCCAUUUAUUUCAGUGCAAGUCUUAUAAUUGACAGAGGGGGCAGGAGUGAGCCCGAUAUGUGUAUAGUUUUUGCUUCUUUCUCUGUACAUCUAGGAUUGCAUGGAAUUAUGUGGAUCUUGUUUUCUUACAUAUUGUACUUGAGCCUGUGAAUCCCACUUAGACCUUGAUACCCUGCAUGGUGCCGCUACGCUGAGUGGGAAGGGAGAGAGUGCAUUGCCUUUCAGGAGCUGGUAUACGGUCAGUCUGUCCACUUUAAUAAGCCAUAUAUAGUGGAACCAUCUUGCACUGAAAUAUGAAGUAAUGUAUAUUGAAAUAGAAUGAUUAUCUGCUGAAUUGUUUUAAGGCACUGACUGGGCCAAAUUCUGUUACAUUGAUGGAAUCCUAUUGCUAUUGUUGUAAUGUAUUUAUUUAACAUUUAUAUUGCAGUAGCAUCUAGAGGAGGGGUCGGCAACCUUUCAGAAGUGAUGU